AUGUCUUCAUCUACUUCACAAAUGGCCGGCGGACCAAUUAUCUCGAUAUCAGAUAUGGACAACUUUAUGAAGCUUGGAGAAUUAGCACAGAGCACACGAAGUCAAAGACCAAUAAAAAAGACAUCAUCAAUGGAUUUCGACCUUCUUCGAGCAUCUGGUGAUGCAGCACGUCAAAGAAGAGGAAGUAAUGCUUCCGAAGCAUCGAGUUGUAAUACACCCACAUAUACUCCAAGAUCAUCCAGUCUCCCAAGCGCUAGAUCUACACCUUGUGCAAGUCCUUUAUUACGACCUAUGGGUACAUGCGAAACAGGAUACGACUUUAUGGUACCAGUUCACCCAACAACAUCAUGGAAGAACACUUCUGAUCCAGGAUCGGGAUUUGAUGGUAAUUGUUUCGGGAGGGAUAGAGAUUCAUUUAUGGGAUUGGAUAUCAAUGUUGGAUCACCAUUCGAGAUACAUUCGCCUUUUGAAAUCGGCAUGGCUUCGGAUUUAAGAAUUGUUGAUGCGCAUGGUUAUUGA